GACGCAGAGCCGCUGUGCGCGGGGAUGACGGGAGUCGGGAGGGGCAUGUCGGGAGCGUGCAACUAUGGCUGCUCCGACUCGCCUCCUGGAGUGGGUCUUUGCUGUGUACUUUCUCUCUCAUAUUCCCAUCACAUUAAUGAUAGACCUGCAAGCGCUUCUGCCAGGAGCUGGUAUCUACCCAGAGAGCCUGACAGAGUUGUUACAGUGGUAUGCAGUCACCUUUAGAGAUCCAAUGAUGAUCCAGCCCCCUGAGUGGUUUAAGUCGUUUAUAUUUUGUGAAGCCUUCUUACAAAUGCCUUUCUUUCCCAUUGCAGCAUAUGCCUUCUUAAAAGGUGGCUGCAAAUGGAUAAGGACUCCUGCAAUUAUCUACUCUAGCCAUGUAGCUACAACGUUGUUUCCUAUCCUUGCUCAUAUCCUGUUUCAUGAUUUCUCAAAAUCUGAGCAUCUGGGCCCUCAGACACAACGUGAACGCCUAAUUCUCUUAUCUAUAUAUGCGCCGUAUUUGCUGAUUCCACUUCUGAUUCUCUUUACCAUGCUGUACAGCCACCAAUACAACCACGUGGAGAAAAGAAAAAAGAAGUAAAUCAGCUAUAAAAACUCGUACUUGUUUAUUAGAGCCUAUGCUGACUUGGUCCUUUGGGACAAACAUCUGCCUAAUACUGUCAACUGCCACAGCUCUUACCCAAGCAUCAGACUCCUGCAAGAAAAGUUUGAAUUUCCUUGAGCUUACAGCUCUACUCUAAUCAGGAACAGCUUUGGUGGAAGCCUCUAUUAGCAAUUCCAUGUGGUAUCUCUGCAUACACAACUCAAGGGACCAAGCUCUUUUCACACUGUCCAUCUUGAGUGGCACAUCUGUAUUAGGAAAUAAACCUUUACCACUGUGGUAUGUAAUUGUAUACUGGGAGGUGUGAGGGGGAAUUGCACCUGAUAUUUGUUCUCCAUUCAGCUAGUCUUUUUCCAAGAUGAUGUUAUAAAGCUACUUAAGAAACCUCUCUUCUAAGAACACAUUGUGCCAACUCCGUAAGUGAUCACACACAAAUAUGCAACACUUCCAUAAAACAAUCUUUCUCAGCCCUUCCAAAAAGCAGAAUCUCACCUUGCUUUCCUCAGCUCAAAUUUUGAUUAACUGUAAAUGUCUGGUUAGUGAAACAUAUGCCAAAAAUCUGGAUUUUUGAAUGCUUAAAAUUGACUUAGUUUGACAAUGAGGCACACUUCUUCCCAAAGGAUUCCGAAGAACUUCAGCAUUUGUAAGCUACUUGCUUCCAAUGAAAUCACUGCUACUAUGGAAAUAAAUAACUAAAUAUA